CAUCCCACUCAAAAAAUGUAACUAUUAGUAUUUACCUAACGUAGCAACUUCACAAGUACAUACUUGAUGGGCCAAUAACAUUCUGUCGCAAUUACAAAAGACGGGAAGCCUUUAGGUCAUGAAGAGCCGCUGGGGGGCCUUGAGCCGGCAAUUGUCGACAGUUAGGAACGGGCAAAGGGCGCGCAUGGGGUGGAUAUGUCAGUCAUGUAGAAGCAACAAAGCCCCGCGGAAGCUAUUCACCAGCAGCGCAACCCUCAGAGAGCUCAAGGACAAGCCGUAUUAUGUGACGACACCCAUUUUCUACGUCAAUGCGUCUCCUCAUGUCGGCCACCUAUAUAGUAUGAUAAUAGCAGAUGUGCUCAAGCGAUGGCAAGUCCUCAAAGGCAAACAGGCCAUACUGAGCACCGGCACCGACGAACACGGAAUGAAGGUCCAGCGCGCGGCUGAGCUGCAAGAUAUUCACCCGAAGGCGCUGUGCGAUACCAACUCCGAAACGUUCAAAGAUCUGGCCAAGAAGGCUAAUAUUUCAUACGAUUACUACAUUCGCACGACGGACCUGGAACAUAGGGAUGCGGUCGAAUACUUCUGGGCUAGGUUACGAGAGAGCGGGUAUAUAUACGAGUCCAAACAUGAAGGGUGGUAUUGCGUUAGCGACGAGACUUACUACCCCGAUUCUAUGGUCGAGAAGCGCGUGUCGCCUGUGACGGGAAAGCCGUUUAUGGCGUGCAUCGAGACGGGCAGUGCUGUGGAAUGGACCGAGGAGAGGAAUCACCAUUUCCGGCUGACGGCUUUUCGAGAUAGGCUGCUCAAGUUCUACGCCGAUAACCCGAAUUUUGUUGUCCCCAAUAAUCGCUUCGCCGGGGUGAUCAGUUGGGUCCAGAAUAAUCUAGAGGAUCUAUCUAUAUCCCGGCCUGUCAGUCGUCUGGAAUGGGGUAUUCCUGUACCUGACGACCCGAGUCAGACCAUCUAUGUGUGGGUUGAUGCUCUGAUUAACUACAUUACGGUAGCGGGAUAUCCCGUAUGGCCACCCGGUUCCGAACACGCCAAAGGUUGGCCGGCCGACGUACACGUGGUCGGGAAGGAUAUCGUGCGUUUCCAUAGCAUCUACUGGCCCGCGCUGCUCAUGGCCCUGGACUUACCCUUACCAAAGUGCGUCCUCAGCCACGGCCACUGGCUGAUGAGUCGGCAAAAGAUGUCUAAAUCAACCGGAAAUGUGGUGAACCCUUUCUUCGCCCUCGAUCGCUGGGGCGUAGAUACCAUGCGGUAUUUCCUGAUAUACAACGCUGCGAUGGCCAACGAUGCAGACUACAGCAACGAGUUCAUCGUCGAUAAGUACAAGAAGGGUCUACAGGGAGGUCUAGGUAAUUUACUCAACCGAAUUACCAGGUCGAAGAACUGGAGCGUGAGGAACGCGGUGAUAUCUAUGCACGCGAAGAAGUCUCAUUCGGUCCCUAAGGUGGUUGAUACCCAGAAGAAAUACCUGGAGUCUAUCGUAGAGCAGGUCUCAAGCCAUAUGGAUGAAUUAAAUCCUAGCAAGGCGUUGAAAGAGAUUAUGGAAUUCGUGUUCGAGGUAAAUAAAUUCCUACAAGAAGCAGCACCCUGGGAAAGGAGCAGGGAAGGCGAUACAGCGGCCGUAGAGCAGAUCAUCUUCUUCGCGGCGGAGUCGGUGCGCAUCGCGGGCAUUCUGUUACAGCCGUUUAUUCCGGAGAAGUCGAGCGAGCUGUUGGAUAGGCUGGGUGUUAGUCCCGAUCGGAGGACUUUUGAGCAUGCGCGACUAUUUGCAGAUGAUACAUAUGGGACGCCGACUAUAUGGCUGGGCGAGAACGCGCAGAGUAGUUUGUUCCCGCCGAUUCCUGUUGAGGAUUAAGCACUUAAUUGUGGUGGACCGGCCUUGUGUAUAUCAUAUAUAAAAUGUGUAGCUUUGGAUAUGUAUAGUUAUUCUGUAAAGCUGAGAUAGAUACCCUAAGGCAUUUCCCCUUUUCACAUG